AUGGCAAAGUGGUUGGGGACCACCAUGGAAGGAGCGUCCAAUAAAUAUCUUGAAACCCUUCUUUACGAUUUUCGAAGAUUUUCCCAAUAUCACAAAGCUGUGGUAUGCAACACGCCAUUGCAACUCUACUCAUCGUGCCUCGUGUUCUCCCCCGAGCACAGCAUUAUAAAAUCGCUUUUUCGCCCCAUGGUGCCUAAGUGUAUCCGACAAACGCACUCUCUAAAGAAAGAGUGGGGAUCUUUGGUCCAAAUUUUCCAGCCCCCAAACAAGGGUACUCUCUUUGAUAUUGGUAUGAUAGCCUUAUCGAACGAUGAUAAAACCCUUGCAGUUGGAUUGAAACCUGGUACGCAUAACUUGAUAUUAUGGGACGUAUCCUCAGGAGCAAUCCUACAGCAUCUAUUAACCUCUAACGGAGAUGUGAUUAAUUGGCUAUCGUUGGAAUUUUCGCCAAACAAUCAAAUGAUUGCGGUAACAGCCGAAUUGCGACCAAUGCAAGAGCAGGGGGAUCCAGCGGCGAGUCCUAGGAAUUCAAGAGUUAGUAUUGGAAUAUGGAAUGUGGCGUCUGGAGAGCGUACGCACGCUUGGGAAAUCCAGGAAGUGCCACACCCUUGGCGGACAUCCAUCAUCUGGAUUCCCGGUAACGCUCCAAAACUAGUUUUUGCGAGUACGCUGAAGGAUCUAUGGCUGCUGCACGUUGAUAGAGCAUCUGGAUCGGUUUCGGAUCAAUUCUACCAAGCGAUAUCCAAAAACUAUGACGAGUAUGGCUGGCGUAGAACAAAAUUAGCCUGCAAUACCUUUGGCGAUCGAUUGGUGUCUGGGGCUCAAGGCUAUCGUUCUAUUCUGCUAUGGAAUAUAGGUUCUAAGACUCUUUCGCGGGAGUUUGACUUGCCAUGUGAACCUAGUUCUCAGGUUCAUCAAGGCAUGCAGGAAAUUUCUCUAAUACACUUUGCUACGAGUCAUCAACUCCUUGUGGCAACGCCCAGCGGGUUUUGUAUAUUGAACCUAGAUUCAGGUUGUAUCGAGGGAAUAGUUGAGGUUUACGCCUCUACGCGUCAGCCUCAGCUCUUGCGAGAUGGAAUGUGGCUAGCUUUCAACCCUUCCCGAAAUAUUAAUCCAUUCCCGGAGUUGGAACUAUUUGAAAUAUAUGAUGCAUAUUCUGGGAAACUCCUCAGACAGUUAAGAUUCGACAUCCGGACCCUGGAGGGGAUGGCAGAUUUCCCACGUCCGUUAAUUCUAAAUUCUAACGCAACGCAAUAUUUUACUGCGCAUGAAGGGGCAAUUGGGAUUUUUGAGAUCCCCUCGGAAGAUGCGCCACAUGAAGUACAGCUGGCGUCUCCUAGUAGUAUGGCAGCAUCCCCAAAUGGAAGGUACCUGGCUAUUUGCCAGCGUGGAUUUAUAACACUUUGGGAUUCUGAAUCGAUUUCUCCGCCGCAGACAUGGGAUGCUAUUGGAGAUGAGUCUGGGCGUGAACUCCAGAAUCGAGAAAAUUUCUCGCUGGCGCUAGGUGGUCGUGACGACAAUGGAGUUACUGAGCUAGAGUUUUCCCCGGAUAACAACCUCCUGGUAUUUCGUACGAACCGAAUUAUCAAAAUUUGGGAUGUACAAUCCGGAUCACUGCUAGGCACUCUGGAUGAUUGGUAUGAUUGUUUAUACAGAGAGCGGGUUGCAGAGCUAAGGGUAAAGCACCUUGAUCAAGAGGCAGGGACCAAUAGCCCAGAUAUUAGAUCUGACUUCUACGAUCAUCCUUAUGAGACUGAUAGAGUGUGGUGCAAAGGGUUUUCGUUUACUGGGAAGCUGGCGUUCAUGUCCAGCUGGGACAAUGAUGCUCGAGUUCAACUUAGGACGUUCGAUCCUAGUUUAACGGUUAAAACAACUUGCCUUUUAGUCAGUUUUAGAACCCAGUACGACCGCUCGAAUCCGGAUCCGUUUAUGAACUAUACGUUUUGUACAGAUAUAAAAUUUUCGCCUGAUGGGUCACUGCUAGUGACGGAAAGCUGCGGUGUUGUUACGCUGUGGGAUACAGCAUCUGGUCAAAAGCUUUGUACUUUUGGUGGCGAAAACUGUGGAGUGACUGGCUCCAUUCCCGAUCGCACGCUGACAAACUUCUCUUCUAAUGGUCAAAAGCUUAUUGUCGCCCUCCAUACAGAAAGAAGCCUACGGUUUACCAUCUACAGUUUGGAGCCAUUAAAACCUGAACCCGUAAUGGGAUUAUCCCAUACCCAAAUCUGGUCAUCAGAUCUUCUACUGCCGCAAAACUUGGUAGCACCGCAGCUAUCAUUGACAACUGACCCCUUAUCUUUAAUAUCAACAGGGGGUUGGUUUCAAUUCCCUUCCAUGACUCCUAUCUUACAACUGGAUGACUGGUUGUGGUAUGAAGGAGAACGGAUUCUGCACCUCCCAUUUAAAGCCGACAGAGUAAGCGUUGUAACGAGUUACCGAGACCUCUGUUUUCUUGGAACUGCUUCUGGUGUCAUGAUGGUGGUGCGAACUCCUUACAAAUGCAUGGAACAAGUUCUCAUGGAGGAAUCAUUUCUAGAGAUGUCCUUGCAAAGUUCCUCGAGAAAUGAUACAAAUCCAGAUCAAAUGUCAUCAAUUUAG